AUAAAAAAGUCAAUCUGUCAGAAAAGUGGCAAAAAAUUGGCUUGGAUCGUCGCCGAAUUUCGUAAUUUUAUGAAAUUAAAAACAGUGGUAAUUACGUGAUAUUUAGUUGCCCGUAGCGUAUGUUUAAUAAUAUAAUUUAUUUGAGGUGAACUAUGGCUGCCUGCAUCGUCUCCGAGAAGUAUAAUAUUAAAACAGCUGUUUUCUUGUAAAGAUCGCUCAAACAAAACUUAUGUCUUGUUAAAGCACAACACGUAGCCCCUUUGGGGGCUACGAACUUUCUCUGUACAGUGCUUGCUAUUAUUAGUUUUAUUGUUAAGAAGAGUCCAAUCCACAUAUCUUGAUACUAUUUUUAACCACUACCUUUUAAGUAUCUCAUAUUUACGUUAAAGAGAGUUCUAUUUUUUUCUUAUUAAAUCGCAAAAAUAAGUGAUAAUAAUAAGCUACGAUGAGUAAAAAUAAGCCAGAAGUAGACUGCACCCGCCGCUGCAAGUCACGCAGUCACGGUCAAGCUCUCACAAGCGCAAUUACCAAGAGGUCCGUCGGAGAUGAAAAGCUCGCAUGCUUUAUACGGGCAACAUGUGCCAACUUUAAUAAGGCUUUCGAUUUUGAGGGUCGCACCGCCCUUCACAUGGCUGCGUCUCGCGGUCGCACGGUCCUCAUGGACUGGCUUGUGCGACACUCUUCGGAGGCGUUCGCCAACGCCAAAGACCGCGAGUCAGGGUACACGCCCCUGCAUAGGAGCAUAUUCUAUGGGCAGAUCACCGCUGCUGUCUCUUUGAUGAAGAUGGGCGCGCUGACCGACAUAGUAGACAAAGACGACUACAAAGCGAUCGAGCACGCGAUGCUCGACCGCCAGUAUAUGUACAAGCACGAGGGCUCGCAGCCGGCCGAGGCCUACGUGUGGGGCUCCAACUCCAACUACACACUUGGCACUGGGGCGCAACAGCAGAGGAACACCCCAGAACUGCUGGGAGCGUUUAGCCGGACCAAUGUGUGCGUGAAACAGGUGUGCCUAGGCAAGUUCCACAGCAUAUGGGUGUGCUCGGGGGCCUCUGAGGGCGACGUGUGGUGCUGCGGCCAGACCGCGCGCGCCGGGGGCCCGCACUUCAUCGCGCUGCAGCCGGCGCCUCUGAGGCUACCAGAACCGUGUGUCCAGGCCGCUAUUACGCUCAACUCCACUGUGUUUCUGUUGGAGAGUGGGACGGUAAUCCAAUACACCCUGAACACCGGCGACAAUGUCAGCCAAUCGGCCGCCAAAACCCCAGCAUUUAUCAAGCUACCCUCUGUGAAGCCUCUUAUCAAGCUAUCCAACCCACGGGGCGUUUGCGCGGGGCGUUCGCACGCGGUUGUAUGGAACAUACGAGCGGUGUAUACGUGGGGCGUCAAUCUGGGGCAGCUGGGGCAUCCGCAGGAAGAUAAGGUCGUGCCGGCUCCUAAACGGGUGGCCAUAUCGAUAAACAGCAGCGACGAGGCGGGCCUACAACUGGUGGCCGCUGCCGACGCCGCCACCGUGAUCACUACUAGCCGCGGCGACGUGUAUCUGCUACACAAGUAUAUGUGCAAGAAGAUAGCCAUCAAGCAGAUCAACUUACGGCAAGUGUGCGUGGAAGCGAAAGUGACCGAGCAGGGGGCGUAUUCCCGAGUGACUGUACUACUCCUCACUAGCGUGGGACAACUGCUCAUCUGGCAGGACACCACCAACACACUCACCAGAUGCGUAUUCGGCCUCAGCCACCAAACUGAGAUCUCUCAAGUGGCUCUCACCCACGAUUUCGUUUAUUUCACCACCAAAUACGGGGAGGCGUUCGUCGGCACAAUCUCUCGUAGAGCCCCGCCCACUCAGCCGCAGCCAAUCAGGAGAGAGAAAGAGCGAGACAGCAACAAGCCGGCGCUUGUGAAGUUUCUGGAGAAGGACGACUGUACAGCUGUCAGGAUUGUUAAGAUACCGAACGUGCAUCGCGCUGUGUCGAUAUCGGUGGAUAGUGAGGGGCUAAACUUCGCGUGUUUGCAGAUAAAACCAACGUGCGGUCUAAGAUCGCUGCCGUAUUUGUCUCCAUCUUGUCUUUCGAAACACAUGGAAUCUCUGAUGGAAUCUGCCUCCGAUGACGAUCUACUACAUGAUGUUAUAUUUAAGGUCGGCACAAAACUAUACCCUGCGCACAUAUACAUAGCGGCGUCAUCGAGCGAGCUCCUCUACAAUAUGUACCGGGCGGUAUACAUGCCAGGGGACAUACCAACCAUUACCCUGGACAACAUCCACCCGGAUGUCUUCGUGAGAAUCCUCCGGUAUAUGUACACCGGGACCUGUGACGUCACGGAAUUGGGCCCGUGUGGAUUGAAACUGCGCAAGGAGGAUUUGCCCGUAAAGAAAGAGAAAGAAGAAGAAGAGGUGUUUGAGUUGAUUGACAACGCAGCGCAAUUAUCAGCGUUCGAAGCGUACAGGAACCUAAACAGGAGAAACCGCGGCCGCCGCAGCGACGAGUCACCUCGACUCGGCCUGUGUGACCCCGUGAAGUUAGUACAAGCCUCCGCCAAGAAACUGCAAGUCAUGGCGCUACACAAACUGCUCGAUAGAUACUAUUACAGGGACGGCUCAGUGCACCUAAAAGACUCAGCCUUACUCUCUCAAACACCGCCUCAGUGCUGGGACCGCACCGCCUUCCCGGAGCUGAUCAACACCAACGUGUGCUCCAAAGAUGGCGUCCUGAUACCCGCACAUAAGUGUGUACUGGCCGCGAGGCUGGAGUACUUUAAUGGGAUGUUCAUGCAUUCUUGGACGGAGAGCAAACAACUAUCAACGGUGACACUCCCAAUAAACCACGGGAUACUCCUCCCAGUCAUUAACUUCCUAUACACCGACACGUGUCCCGAAGUUGAAAACUCUGAGAGCAUCGACUUUAUCUGCAGCAUGCUAAUAAUCGCCGACCAGCUGUUCAUAACACGCCUUAGGGAAAUGUGCGAGGUGGCACUAUCAAACGUCAUCACACUCAAAAACUGCGCCGAACUCUGCCAAUUCGCUCACACGUACAACGCCGCCCAACUCAAACAAUGCUGCAUGGAAUUCAUAUCGUUAAACCUCUGCAGUGUCCUCGAAAACAAAAUACUUGAAGUAGUCGAAGAAACCCUACUCAAUGAUAUAUCUAAAUACUACUGCAGAUUCAACCCAAUAAUGUCUUCGAGAAUCAUUACGCCGUUUUUUAACGCCCCAAGCGACGAAACUAUUGAAGAGAUCGCUACUAAUUAUCCAAUUAACUUAGAACACACCAACGAAGAGAUGAAAAAAGAUGAAACCGUAGUAGAAGUUACUAAGAAGAAACCCAAGAAAAUAGAAUACACAGAAAGCGAAAAAGCACGAAUGAGAUACGAAUCCGUGAGCUCAGUGUCGUCAUUAGAUCUAUCCAAUAUGUCCGGCGAUAUUACACUGUCGUUGAAAAAUAUAUCAAAGGAGACAGAGAAAACUCCUCGCGAUAAGCAGGAAAAGUGGAUAGAAGUACCGUCAGCUCAGCAAAAGCAACUCAAAGUUGUUCAAGCGAGACUCAAAGCGGUCGGAAACGCUUCCGAUAUCUUGAACGAACCACCUGCCGAGCAAUUUGUGAAGUUGACAAAAAAUAACUCUUUCAGUGCCAUAGCUCGUUCUAGCAGCGCAGACAAUAAUUCACCUACCACUUCUCGUAUGUCUAUUUCGCCCAACGAUUCGCCUAUUGCGGAGAUGGCGCGGAGUCCACAGGGCAACCUAGUUAUAAGUCACAUUGGACCAAAACUGUCGCAGAAACAGAGGAAAAAGUUGGCGAUGCAAGGGAACUUAGAAGACAACUUUGCAAAUAAGUUGAAUGUAGAUACGACUCCAGAAAAACCAAAAAAUCCUUGGAAAAUCUGUGAACCACCUACAGCCAGUAGCAGCCCAAACAGGCCGAAAACAAUGGAGUUCAACCAAAUUUUGACCGAUCAGAAGAAGCAAAAGGAGGAUUCCUCUAGAAUUAUGACUAAACCACUAACAUUGACACAGCUGGAAGAUAAAGCCAUAGAGGACCUGGAAAGAUUCUACAACAUCCACGAAAUUGAUGACGAACUCAUCACAGUUCGACGUAUUGAGCUUCAAGUGGCCUCGCCACAAUGGAUCCACACUGCCCCCAAGUGUUAAAACUUAACGUGCUAUAUUUUAUUUGUAUAUUAUCAUGACUAAUAUAUUAUUUUGUUGUUGAUGUGAUGUCAAAAUAAAUACUUUUUUGAAUGAAA